AAUCGAUGUUGAAAUCGAGAGCGUCCUGUUGACACUUGGGAAAAGAUGAAAGCUGUGUUGAGAAAAUGGUUUGUUUCUAGUCACUACGAUCGUGAUCUUUAUCAACGAUUGCAGUGCCUUACUCAAUGGUCCAAAAGCGUUGAGGAUUAUCACAAGGAGAUGGAAAUUGCAAUGCUUAGAGCAAAUGUGGAAGAUGACAUAGAAGCAACUAUGGCACAGUUUCUGCAUGGUUUAAAUCAUGAUAUAGCUAAUGUGGUAAAGUUGCAGCAUUAUGUGGAAUUAGUAGAUAUGGUGCAUAUGGUGAUGAAAGUAAAACAAAAACUCAACCGUAAAGGAGCCACCAUCAAAACUGGGCAAAAUCCAGGUUCCUCAUCUUCUUGGAAACUAAAUUGGAGCAAAAAGGAAGAAAAUUCAGCUUUUAAGCCUAAAACGGUAGCAUCUAAGCUAAAAGAAGUUGGCAGCAAUGAGAGGAGUAAAAUUGACAAUACGCAAGGUAGAAACCGAGAUAUCAAGUGCUUUCGAUGCUUGGGAAAAGGGCAUGUUGCAUCGCAAUGUCCUAAUAAGCACCCGAUGAUCUUGAGAGAGGGUGGAGAAGUUGAAACCGAUGGUGAAUCUGAUGAUGACUCUAUGCCACCAUUAGAAGAUGCUGAUGAUGGCACGAAAUAUGUCGUUGAUGGAGAAUUGUUCGUCACUAGGUGUAACAAUUCCAAACCGACUAGCAUAUCGAAGCAACCCAAUGAGAUGAAGGAACUUCAAAAGCAGGUUGAAGAACUCAUGAAGAAGGGACAAGUGAGAGAAAGUAUGAGUCCAUGUGUAGUUCCAAUGCUACUUAUGCCUACAAAGGAUGGGACUUGGCGUAUGUGUGUUGAUUGUUGCACAGUCAACAAAAUCACUGUAAAGUAUCAUCACCCUAUUCCUAUACUAGAUGACAUAUUCUCAAAGAUGGCACACUUCAUUCCAUGUGAUAAAACUGAUGAUGCAACCAGUAUUGUUGAUCUAUUCUUCAAGGAGGUUGUUCGUUUACAUGGCAUUCCAAGGACUGUUGGUUUUGAUUAUGAUGUUAAGUUCUUGAGUUACUUUUGGAAGACCUUGUGCGGAAAGUUGGGAACUAAGCUAUUCUUUUCGACUACUUGUCAUCCACAAACUAAUGGACAAAAAGAAGUGGUUAAUAGGACGUUGUCAGCCUUAUUGCAUUCUAUUAUUCAAAAGAACUUGAAGAAUUGGGAAGAUUGUUUGCCACACGUUGAAUUUGCUUAUAAUCGAAGCAUCCAUUCAACAACUAAUUGUUCGCCAUUUGAAAUUGUGUAUGGUUUUAAUCCACUCACUCCUUUGGAUUUAUUGCCAUUACCUAUUGAUGAACGAGCUAGUUUGGAUGGGAAAAAGAAAGUUGAAGUGGUUAACCAACUACAUGAGAGGGUGCGACAAAACAUAGAGCGACAAACUGAGCAAUAUGCAAAUCAAGCCAACAAAGGGCAAAAGAAAGUUGUGUUUGAACCUGGAGAUUGGGUUUGGGUGCAACGUAAGGAGCGAUUCCUUUCACAAAGGCAUUCUAAGCUGCAACCAAGAGGUGAUGGACUAUUUCAUCUGAUUGUGAGGAUUAAUGAUAACGCAUACGAGUUAGAGCUUCCUAGUGAGUAUAAUGUUAGUGAUACUUUUAAUGUUUUUGAUUUUUCUCCUUUUGAUGUAAGUGACAAUUUGAGGACAAAUCCUUUUAAGGAAAAAGGAAUGAUGGGAAUCAAGAUGAUAGCACAUGUACCAUGUCAGAGGAUCCAUUACGCAUUCAAGGAGGUCCAAUCACGAAGGCUAAAGCUAAGAAAAUGUGUGAAGCUUUAAAUGGCCUUAUUAAGUAGAUCUUGGUCGAAAACAACAUGCAACAAGUAAAUCAAAGCUUGGAUGAUUAUCAUGGCAUGGUAAACAUCAUUUAGGUCCAAGAGAAGCUUAAUUAAGGUCAUCCAUGUUGAAUUACACAGUUUGCGUCACAAUUGUAUAAUUCUACUGCAAAUUGUAGUAAACUGAUAUUUCAUGU